ACACUCACUCUCGGUCUCACUCCCUGGAGCUGGAGCGUAUUAAAACCCUUCUCCGUCCAUUCGAUCCUGCCACUUCCUUUCUCUCGCCACGAUCUCCUCCAUCUCUCUCUCUCUUCCUCCUCGCCGGCCGAGUCAGCUAUCUCGCCGCCGCCUGAGUACGUACGUCCGUCUCGGUAUGGCCAUGGCCAGUGGCGGCACCGUCUGCUCCAUGUGCGGCGACGUGGGGUUCCCGGACAAGCUCUUCCGCUGCGCCCGCUGCCGCCGCCGCUUCCAGCACUCCUACUGCACCAACUACUACGGCGACGGGGCACCGGUGGAGGCGGGCGCCGGCGUGUGCGACUGGUGCCUCAGCGACGCCGCCGUCGUCGCCGGGAAGAAGGGGCCAUCGUCGGAAGGGAACGAGGAGCCGUUCUCCAGGGAGUACCGUGGCAGGAGCAAGCAGGCGGCGUCGACCGGCGGAGGCGAGCAGGAGGGCGGCGGCGGCGGCGGCCGGAGGGUCUCCAAGGCCGGCGCUGUCCGUAGGUACAAGCUUCUCAAGGACGUCUUGUGCUAAAGAGCUAUGGUCUAAUACGGACCAUAGCUGAUGGAUCAAUCCUUCAUUUUCACUGCGUCACCCCGUCAUGUACAAAACUAGCUCUAGCUAGCUAGGUGCCCAUCGCUAGGUAAUUAGAUCAUCCCUGUGUAAAUUGUCCCCGUGUUAAUUAACCGCGCGUGUGUGUAUGAAUGUAUGAUACUACUCCAUCCUAGCUAAUUAAAGCUAUAUGUAUGUUUUCAUAGACAUGUCAUGUUUGACGAGAA